CGAAUGCAUGAGAGCACGCAAAAAUCAGUUUUUGCAGAGAGGCCGCAGAAGACAGUAGACCGCUCUAUUGCUCCCAGGUUUUGGAAAUGGGAGGACGUUGCCUCUGCUCACAGGAUGGACCCAUGUGGACAGUACAACCAUUAUGCUUCUGUCACCAUUGACUUAUAAUUUUGGGGCAAACACUCCGCCUCUGCUUCUUG